CGCGGACCGGGAGGCGCUGCUGCUGCUGCUCCUCCCCCUUCUCAUCCCGGUGCAAAGUUAGGGCGGGAAACGACGCCGGUGCAGAUGGAGCGGCUCGCGCGGGGCGGGCUCCCUUCUUUCAUUUAGGCUGAGAUUUAUGGACUUGUACAUGAUGAAUUGCGAACUCUUGGCGACGUGCAGCGCCCUGGGCUUCUUGGAAGGGGACACUUACCACAAAGAGCCGGAUUGCUUAGAGAGUGUGAAGGACUUGAUCCGCUACCUGCGCCACGAAGAUGAGACGAGGGAUAUUCGGCAGCAGCUGGGGGCGGCGCAGAUUCUGCAGAAUGACCUGAUCCCUAUCAUCGUCCAAUACCCUCAAGACAAACAGCUUUUUGAUGCUGUUAUCAGGUUAAUGGUAAAUCUAACCCAGCCAGCUGUCCUCUGCUUUGGCAAACUCCCCGAAGAAGCCAGCUUCCGGCACCAUUUCCUGCAAAUCGUCUCUUAUCUGCAGGCUUACAAAGAAGCAUUUGCCAACGAGAAGAUCUUUGGGGUACUGAGUGAAAAGCUAUAUGACUUGCUGCAGCUGGACUGGGAACAGCGUCAGGAGGAGGAUAACCUCUUAAUCGAGCGCAUCUUGCUUCUGGUGCGCAAUGUGCUGCAUGUCCCGGCCGAUCCCGAUGAGGAGAAGAACAUUGACGAUGAUGCCAACACCCAUGACCGGGUGCUAUGGGCCAUCCACAUCAGUGGCAUGGAUGAUCUGCUCAAAUUCUUGGCCAGCUCCCAGAGCGAGCAGCAGUGGAGCCUUCACGUGCUUGAGAUCAUCUCCCUUAUGUUCCGGGACCAGAACCCAGAGCAACUGGCAGCAACAGGGCAGGCCCGCUCAGCCAAGGAGCAGGUCGCAGACGCAGCUGAGUUGGAGCACCUGAGGCAGAAGGAACUGGCUGAGAGGAGGAGCCGGGUUCUCCAGCGGAGCAGCAGGCACUCUCGUUUUGGUGGCUGCUAUGUCAUUCAGGGCCUGAAGUCUUUUGGAGACAGAGACGUCGUGAUGCAUAAGGGACUACAGAAUGUGAAUAACUACAGCCACGAUCUGACCAAGGUGAUACGGCGGGUGCCAAAGAGGCGCCAGCUUGCCCGCGAUGGCGAGGGCGUCUCUCGCCGCUCAGCCCUCAACGUGAGGCUUUUCCUCAAGGAGUUCUGCGUGGAGUUUUUGGAGAACUGCUACAAUCGCCUGAUGUAUCUGGUCAAGGAUCACCUGAUCAGGGAAAAGGCCCAGAUGCACGAUGAGACCUACUACUUGUGGGCCAUGGCUUUUUUCAUGGCCUUCAACCGGGCUUCAUCUUUCCAACCUCAGCUGGUUUCUGAAACGGUUAGCGUUCGGACUUUCCACUUCAUUGAGCAGAGCCUGAACAAGUACUAUGAAAUGUUACUCUUGGAUAAGAAGGAGGCUACUUCUUGGUCUAGAAGGAUGCACCUAGCUCUCAAAGCCUACCAGGAACUGCUAACAACGGUGCACGAAAUGGACCAUUCGCAAGAAGAAGCUUUGCGCAACAGCAGUCAUAUCAUAAAGAACAACAUUUUCUACUUGAUGGAGUAUCGCGAGCUGUUCCUCACCCUCUUCCGUAAGUUUGAUGCGACAAAGCAGCCCAGGUCAUUCCUGAAAGAUCUGGUGGAGACCACUCACCUUUUCUUGAAGAUGCUGGAGAGAUUUUGCAAAGGGAGGAGCAACCUAGUGGUCCAGAGCAAGAAAGUCAAGAGGAAGAAGAAGCCUGCUAGCUCGGCUGUGCAGCCCCGAGCGCCUGAGGAGCUGGAGAAUAUGUGGCCAGGGCUGGCUGAGCAAAUUGAUAAAUGCAUCAAGGGUCCUGAGCCUCUCCCGGAGGAUGUUGUCCCUUUCGAUGCUGCAUCGGAAAUUCCACUGGAGGAGCAGCGAGCUGAGGCCAUGGUACGGAUCCAGGACAGUCUACUGGCUGGUCAGGCACCUGAAGCUCUGUCCCUCUUGCGUUCAGCAAGGGAGGUGUGGCCAGAAGGAGAUGUUUUUGGAUCGUCCUCCCUUGGCCCAGAUGAAGAGGUGGAGCUGCUGAGACAAAUAUUCUUUGCCACCCUGCCUCGACAAACAGCGCCCGAGACAGAUGAACCUGAGGAGGCAGCUGAAGAAGUCGCUGAGGAAGAGUUGGCGUCUGUAAAGGUGUCCGAAAAGGAGUUCAGUUUCCUGGAUUACAUGAAGCGGUUUGCCAGUGCCAGUGUGGUCAAGGCCUACGUCCUGCUCUUCAAGAACUACCAGCAGAACAGCGCCCACACCAACCACUGCGUGGUGAAAAUGUUGCACCGCAUCUCCUGUGACCUCAAGAUGGAGGCACUGCUCUUCCAGCUUUCUGUCUUCUGCCUCUUCAAGCGGCUGCUCAGUGACCCUGCUGCUGCAGCUUACAAGGAGCUGGUGACCUUUGCCAAAUACAUUGUGGGCAAGUUUUUUGCACUUGCAGCUAGCAACAAGAAGGCCUACGUGGAGCUGCUGUUCUGGAAAAGCACGGCCGUGAUUCGGGAGAUGACUGAAGGCUACGCUACGGCAGGGAAAGAUGAAACCUCCCUCAAGGCUGUUCAGUGGACUGAGGAAGACGAGGAGGAGCUGAGGGAACUUUUCUACAAGUACAAGGAAGUGGAAGGUGAAGAUAUCCUUAACAACAUCCUUGCACACCUGACCGCUCGCAACCGGACACGCAAGCAGGUGGCCCAGCGACUGGUGCGCUUGGGGCUUGCAAGGAGCCUGCGGGAUUUCCCUCGGGAGAGGAAGGGGACGCGCAUUGUAUUGUGGACAGAGGACCAGGAGCUGGAACUUCAACGCCUCUUUGAGGAGUUCCGGGACACAGAUGAUAUCCUGGCCAAUGUGAUGAGGCAUAUCACCGCUAAGCGCUCCAAGGCCCGCAUUAUUGAAAAGCUGCUCAGCAUGGGGCUGGUGUCUGACCGAAAGGAGCUCUACAAGAAACGAAGGCGCAAGCCUGGCUCCGCUGCGGACUUUGCAAUACCUGACCUGGACGAGACUGAGGAAGAUGAUGAUGAAGAGGAGGAGGAGGAAGAAGAAGAGGAUGACUUUGAUAGCGAGGAAGAGGGGGAGUCAACCUGGAAAGAUGGUGGCCAUGAUGUGGAGAACAGGCCGUUGGGUGGGCAGCCUGACAGGAAGGGUGGAGCUGCAUUGGAUAGAGACUGCCAGGAGCUUGUGCGAUGCCUGAGGCAGGAAGGUCUGUUCGGCCCUCUGCUAUGGCUCCAGAACUGCCUGAACCGGACAGCUUCUGACCGAGAAGAGGAUGGAUGUGCCCAGCCAGUACCUUUGGUGCCACUGACUGAAGAGAAUGAGGAUGCCAUGGAACACAAGCGCUUCCAGAAGCUUCUGCGUAAAGUAGGGAUUCGAGCCCCAGCCAGUGAACAGGAAUCUUUCUGGCGCAUCCCGGCCAAGCUCAGCCCAGAUCAACUACGACAAGCAGCUGCUUCCAUUGCCUCAAAAGAAGUGGAGGGGGAGACCAAACAGCAACUAGCUGCGGAGGAGCAUCUCGAGACAGAGGAGCCAAGAUGCCUGACUGUGGAAAAGGAGGAGCCCAUCCAGCCCCCUCUGGUGCCCAAGCGAAGGCGCUUGGUCAUUGACGGUGAGGAGCAGGAAGAAGCCAACAGCCAAGGGUCCAGUGAUGAGGACGAGCCGCAGCCUGCUGGCAAAAGGAAGUGCCUGCGAAUUGAAGAGGAGGAGGAAGAAGAUUGAAGGAGUUGGCCCAGUUCAGACCAGUUACACCCACUGUCAGCUCUGGAGCUGCAAGAACCACCUCAGGCAGAGGGGUCUUUGAUGGAGCAGUCUGGAAGGAAUCUCUC